ACUUCACAUUGGCUAACUGGUUUUCAGAACGAGGUUUUGCAGACAUGAGCACGCUUCCAUCUUACAUCGCUACUAUACUUGCAAAUGAUAUUGAACUGUCGAUGUAUCUCGGCGAUAAGGAAUGUGAUAGACAUGUAGCACCAUAUUUGUCUAAUUCAUCCAGUUGUUCAUCAGACUGCCCGUUGACAUUAAAAAAUCCAGUGACAAUAAGUAACGAAGUGUCUUGUCAUAUACCUCACUACUGCACAGCAGCUGACAUCUGCGUUUAUAUACCACUUAUCAAUCGGAACAUCCAUGCUUACCUUAGACUCCAUUCAUGUGACGCCUUACUAGAAGUUGGUAUUGAACAGUUCACUUUUUCAGUGGGAUUAUUUGACUACGAAUUCGGUAAAGAAAGAGGAAUAAUUCUCAAAGAUGUCUUCAUGCUGAAAUUUCGCAUUGAUGACCUUACAACAAAGGGAGUUUAUGUCGUAGGCUUAGAUUUUAACAUUUGCUUCACGAACGACAGUUGCGAACAAUCAUAUGCAAUUUUUGAUCGAACAGUACUUCCGAAAUUGCCAUGCUCCUGGGAUAUGAGAUUUAAAAACCAAUACCAACAACUGCUCGAAACACUUGGUGUGGCGCCGUAUAUAGGAGACAAUAACUGCUAUCGUUCUGAACCGCCAUUCUCACCAUCACAAAACGGCUGGAAUACCGAAUGCCCAUCAGAAUUAUCAUUAGCACCCCUGCCGUCAGGUAUAGGAUGCUAUAUUUCUGACAUGUGUACAGCAAUACGUUGUUGUCUUGAAGUUGAUAUCAUUAAAACAUCUGUUCAGUUUUAUGUCACCGUUGACGGAUGCGAAAAACAAUUAACAGUUGGUAUUGAACAAAUGAACACUGUCAAGGACAUCAGUGGUUACAAAUUUGGCUCGUGGGAUCGUUUCUAUUUGAACGGAGUCUACAAGAUAGAUUUCAAGAUUGAAAACUUCCACGGUGGACGUAAAUAUGUCGUAGAUAUGAACGUAAGCGCUUGCUUUGAAAGUCAUGGAAACUGUUCAUAUAUGAUUCCUGUUCUCAAACGAGCUCUUUUGCCUAAAGCAAACUGCAGUUGGCUGAAUGGAUUCAAUAAUGCAAACUUUUCUCUUGGUACUUGGAAACUCGAGAAUGGUGUUAACAAAGGUGCUGCACUUUCACAGAUUCAGUUUGACGUACUCGCAAAUACCAUCGGAAUUAGUCAAUACCUUAAAGAUACCGAAUGUGCCUUGUCGUCUGCAAGACCUUCGGAUGGCUGGAACAACUCGUGCCCUUUGAAAGUGAACUUACCUGCACUGUCAAACAACGCAGAGUGCUCGAUUGACUCAUCUUGUUUGAAUAUCAAUUGCUGCGUGUUUGUUGGUGAGAUGAAUCGAAAGUUCAGCUUCUCUCUACAAGUGGACGACUGUAAUUAUCAGAUAUCAGCUAGCAUCGAAAACCUGGUGAUGGAAAGGAAAUUGUCUGCCUUCGAGUUUGGUAAAAAGAUCGUGUUUGACAUGGAUGGAUUAAUAGCGCUACAGUUCAUGGUUGUUAAUCUAGAGUACAAGAACAAAUAUAUGUUAGAUUUAGCUGUAGAUGUACAAUUGGAAGCACACAAACCAGCUGCAAUGUCAGUGAACGUCCUUGACGAUGUGAUCGUACCACGAUUGCCGUGUCAGGUCAAUUCUGGGUUUAUAGCUACAGACUUUUCGCUGGAUAAAUGGAUGGAAGCUGGCAAUGUUAGUGUUAUUGACGAAUACCAAGCUGUUCAACUGCUAGAAGACGUUGCAAUUGCACCUUUUAUGCUUUCGAACGAGUGCAAAAUACACAGUGACUCGAAAAUAGAUUCCACCCAUUGCCCUUUAAAUAUUGAUGAUUUACAUGUGUACGGUCCAGCAACAUGCUCACUGACAGAACUUUGUUCUGGUAUUUUCUGCUGUUUAAGAUCUCCAGAAAUACCGGUGAAUUUUCAAAUCGAGGUUCAAAUAGAUGCCUGUAGGGGUGAAAUAACCGUAGGCUUGGGAAAAUUGAGACACCUUAUUCCGUUUAGAAACUUUACAUGGGGAGAAAUGCAAACAUUUAGCUUGUAUGGCGUAAUUAAGAUCGAGUUGGAAAUAUCGGAGCCAGUUAAAUCACAGGUAUACACUGUAAACCUUAAUGCGAGCAUAUGUCUCGGCGAAAAUGAAACCUGCAGUACAGAGGUUCAAGUUCUUAGAGAGAAAUAUCUAACUGCCUUGCCUUGUGAUUGGUCAGCAGGAUUUUUGGACGAAAGUUUCAAAUAUGAGGAAUGGCGAAACAAAUCACAUUACGACAGCACGCAGCUCCCAGAAACCGGUGUUGAAUUUUACUUGUCAAAAAUUGGCGUCGAACCCUACUUGAAGACUACACAAUGUGACACUAAGGCGUUUCCAUAUAUAUCAACGUCUGCCGUCGGUUGGGCAUCAGAGUGUCCAAGUAAUGCUAGCUUUCAACCAUUACCUGAUCACACAAGAUGUUUUAUGGACAAAACGUGCUCCAGAUUUCAGUGUUGUUCCUAUGUUAACAUGAUACAACGAUCAUUUGAUAUAACAUUCAAACUGGAUCCCUGCAGUCAAACAUUAAUAAUCGGAAUUGAACGCAUUUUAAAACAUAUCUCUUUGACAAAGUUUGAGUUUGGUGCACACAACAAGUUUUAUUUGAAUGGCUUUGUUAGACUUGACUAUUUGAUCAAAGACCUUCCAAUACAACGGGUAUAUGUUGCUAGUGUCAACUUAAGUAUUUGUUUGGACCACGAAAACUGUCAGAACGAGGUUGAUAUUCUCCGAAAUGAAAUUCUGCCGCAGUCCAUAUGUAAAAUGAACCCAGGAUAUACAGAUAAAGACUUUUCAUUGACCCAGUGGAAGGAAGAUAGGAAUAUAUCUAUAUUUGGCACCCUUGAUCACGUGGAAGAGAUAGAACUGAUGACAGAUUUGGGUGUUUAUCCAUACAUGAUGGAAACGGAGUGUGCAGUGAUAAACAGCAAUAUAUCUCAAGCAUGUGGCGUUGUCCCCAGUUUCCCGCCAGAAUGCAGUUUAUCUGACACGUGUUCGAGAAUAUCGUGCUGCAUACAGUCCGACAUUUUACAACGGCGAAUUUUCUACGAGCUGGAUUUUGACAGAUGCAAUCAUGUGAUAAAUAUCACAAUUGAGACAUUCAGCAGAACAUUGUCACUCUAUGAUUUUAAAUACGGGAAAGAAAUGACGAUUUCAUUAUAUUCAGCGUUAAAGAUGAAAUUUAUGGUUGACUACCUGGUGAUGAGUCAGUCACACUUUAUUUCUCUCAAUAUCAGUCAAUGUUUUGAAUCCAAUGAACCAUGUACGGAAGUUGUCGAGGUUCUCAAAGAACAGAAAUUUUCAUCCGAAGAUUGCCCUAUCAAUAAAAACUAUAGGAAUGACGAAUUUUCAUUGACGGAAUGGGCAUCACAUAGGAACAUGAACGCCACUAAACUACCGGCAUAUGCAAGAAAGGUUCUUCAUCGCGACCUUGGAAUAAGUCAGUAUUUGAAGGACAGUGAGUGCGUUGUGAUGCCUUACAAUGAUUCAUAUGGUUGGAAUUCAGAUUGUGCUGAUAACGUAACUUUACUCAACAUAACUGACGCGGACACGAGAAUAUCGUGCAAUUUACAAACAUCUUGCUCAGAUUUGAAUUGUUGCUUCCAUGUCGACGGGGAAAAUUUAACAUACCCUUUUUAG